CGCCCGCCCUCUGUCGCCAUGACGUCCACCUGCACCAACAGCACGCGCGAAAGCAACAGCAGCCACACGUGCGUGCCCCUGUCCAAAAUGCCCAUCAGCCUGGCCCACGGCAUCAUCCGCUCGAGCGUGCUGCUCGUGUUCCUCACCGCCUCUUUCGUCGGCAACAUCGUGCUGGCGCUCGUGUUGCAGCGCAAGCCGCAGCUGCUGCAGGUCGCCAACCGCUUCAUCUUCAACCUCCUGGUCACUGACCUGCUGCAGAUUUCGCUCGUGGCCCCCUGGGUGGUGGCCACCUCCGUGCCUCUCUUCUGGCCCCUCAACAGCCACUUCUGCACCGCGCUGGUGAGCCUCACUCACCUGUUCGCCUUCGCCAGUGUCAACACCAUCGUGGUGGUGUCCGUGGACCGCUACCUGUCCAUCAUCCACCCUCUCUCCUACCCCGCUAAGAUGACCCCCCGCCGGGGCUACAUGCUCCUCUACGGCACCUGGAUUGUGGCCAUCCUGCAGAGCACCCCCCCUCUCUACGGCUGGGGCCAGGCUGCCUUUGACCAGCGCAACGCCCUCUGCUCCAUGAUCUGGGGGGCCAGCCCCAGCUACACCAUUCUCAGCGUGGUGUCCUUCAUCAUCCUGCCGCUGGUCGUCAUGAUUGCCUGCUACUCCGUGGUGUUCGGUGCCGCCCGGCGGCAGCAUGCCCUGCUGUACAACGUCAGGAGCCACAGCUUGGAGGUUCGGGCCAAGGAUCGUGUGGAGAACGAGGACGAAGAGGGAGAGAGGAGGGCUGCGUCCCGGCGCCAGGACGGAGGUGAGGCCGAGGCCGAGGAGGGCGGCGUGCAGGCCGAGGAAGAGCGCGCGGAGGCCAGUGCGGGUAGGGUGGCGGCCGCGGGCAGCGAGGAGGUCCGGGACGGCGGCUCGGUGGCCAGCGAAGGCAGCUCAGAGGGCCGGGACGGUGGCCCCCAACCCGCCGGCAGCGUGAAGGCGGACAAGGGCCGCGUGGAGGUCAGCCAGUGCAACAUCGACCUGGGUGAAGAUGACGCGGAGUUCGGCGAGGAUGACCUCAACUUCAGCGAGGAGGACGUCGAGGCAGUGAACAUCCCCGAGAGCCUCCCGCCCAGUCGUCGAAACAGCACCGGCGACCCCCCUCUGCCCAGGUGCUACCAGUGCAAGGCUGCGAAAGUGAUCUUCCUCAUCGUCUUCUCCUACGUGCUCUCCCUGGGGCCCUACUGCUUUCUGGCGGUUCUGGCCGUGUGGGUGGAUGUCCAAACCAAGGUGCCCCAGUGGGUGAUCACCAUAAUAAUCUGGCUUUUCUUCCUGCAGUGUUGCAUGCACCCCUACAUCUACGGCUACAUGCACAAGACCAUCAAGAAGGAAAUCCAGGAUAUGCUGAAGAAGUUCUUCUGCAAGGAGAAGCCCCCGAAAGAAGACAGCCACCCGGACCUGCCGGGAACAGAAGCCGGCACAGAGGGAGGGACCGAAGGCAAGACCGUCCCUUCGCACGACUCCGCCACUUUGCCUUGAAGCUAGCCGGAAGGCAAACCUUGAACUGUCCACAGUGCGGAAAACGGGAGCGGCUUUGUUUCACAUGGACCCCCCACAGCCCCACUCACGCCAACCCGUACCAUUUCAGGCCAAGGUGUUGCACACGUCCUUCUCACCAUGAGAUAGACAGACAGACAGCUAAAUAUACGGAAGAGGUAGGAACUGGAGCUUUCCCUUAAAAGUGUGCCCCUCAAAGCACGGACUUGAGGAUUCUGACUGAAAUUUCUCGCCCCCCCCCCGCCCCCCACCCCAAAUUAUUAGGCUCUAAAUUUCUUAAGGCAACAAGGGCUAUCCACUUUGGUCCUGGAUCUGUCUCCCCAGAGCUACAACGUCCCAGCUUUUGCUCUGAGGGAAAAGGAAGAGGAAGAGGAAGAUGACGCCUGUGAACCUGAGGACUUUUAGGCCCUCGGGUCAAGAGAUUAUGGGUGAGAGCUACAGCCUAGCUUCGACUGAAAGAAAAGCAGUGGACCAAAUCGUUCCUGGAGCCCAAGAAGCAGAACCUGACUGACUGAUCAGUGUUGUAAACUGAAGAGACCCACAGUCCGGUGCCAAGAUUGUUUUGGAACCUAAGACAAAGGGCGUCGUGUGUGGAAGAUACGAAGAAGGUUCCCAGAUCCUCUCAAGGGACCCAGAGAAGUGGAAGAGGAUAUUAGGGCAUGUUUGAAAUGGGAAGCCGGUCCUAGGGAACAGUUAGAGAAAUAACACACAUCCAUGAGGCUAAACAGUUGGCUUUUUUCUUUUUCUGUAAAACCCUGGGUUUGUGCAUGGGCUGGGACCAAGGUCAUUCCCUACGCAUGGAAAAUUGUCAGUUGACACUAAAACGGUGUUCGUUCUGUCUCCUACUUGAGCCACAGUGGGACAGGAAUCACGCCACUACUUUGUAAUGUUCCUCUUGUGGUCGAAUUGGGAUGCCCAUCAGAAUCUGCAACAUCUCCUCUGCCAGUCCCAGAGGCCUUUUCGGUCAAACAGAUUUUUCCAGAAAAAAAAAAAAAAAAAGAAAUGUAACUAGGACUGGCCAAAAGUUUCUCAAACUCACACUCCCGAUCGAGAGUGACGUGCCCAUUAGAAAUCUCUUUUGUGUCAAGGGGAUCAUAGACAAGAAACGUGACCUCCACGUGGGGAGCAAGCGAGGCAGAAUAAACAUUUUUCUUCCCCCAGGCACACCCAUGGGUUUUUUCUACCUGUGGCUCUCCCUUAAAGCCCUUAAGCUCCCCGCAGAUGUGGAAGAGAAAUACAAGAGAGUCAGAAAUAGCAGAGAGGAUGGUUUCUCAAUACCUAGCAAGCAUCCGACCUAUUUCAAGCAACCCUCGUUUCAAAGCAUUCGGGUCAGACAUGUCCCGAUUAUUGCUAUUGAAAUGUAUUGCGUUGGGAAGACCGUUACAAUAUCUAAAUUAUCCCCAGGGUCAGUGCAGAGGGAGGGCUUUUCACAUCUCCGACCCUGAAAUCACUCCGGGUCAGGAGAUCCUUGUGUGUUCCUGGGGGCCCAGACCACGUCGACAUGACCAAAUAACAUGGGCCCCCAAAACGGUCAAGAGAGUGUUUUUGAUCGUCCUGAAGGUCAAAUUAAAGCCGACUGGUGGCCAGUCAACUGUUCAUGCAGAAAUCCAAUGUUAAUAUGGGUGGAGGCACAGGUGGGAGAAUUUGGUUGAAAAAUGUUCAUCGGACGGUUGUGUAUAAAGAUGGCCACAUUCAGAGUUUAGCCUCAUUCUUGUGUGGUUGCCGUGUCUGUAUUAGAACUCAAACUUCAGCCAUGUAAAUGCCCGGCUCACUGAUAUUUUCUUUAUCUCUUCCUCCUCACAGAUCCCAACCUGAGCUUCUCAAGGGGGAGAGGUAAACAGCAGCGUUAUUUGAGCUGUGAAUAAGUCUGCCUGGAGAUUUGGGCUUGCCAUGUUCAGGAUUUAGGAAAGGAGCCGGGAUUGAUGCAAACAGUAUUAAGCUGGCCCGUCAACUCAGUAUGACUAUGACCACGAUAAACUUAACUAAUUCCAACCCCAUUAACCUGGAGUGUGUGGCAAUUGAGACAAGACACGCGGGCUGCUGUUUACCCUCGCGCUAUCGUUCAUUUUUCUACCAAAAUGUAUGAAGCGAAUUAAGAGUCGUCAAUUUAUGACACCCGUUCAUUGCCACAUUCUCACACUGCCCCGUCCUCAAAGGAUAUCUGGGUGCGGAAAUAGCCUGUGUGGGCGACCCUGUUAUGGGGGGAGGGGUAUCGCCUCGGAGGUCUGUCAUGGUCAAGAGUUCCAAACAGCUCCGGCCUGUCCUUUGGGUAGAAAUGCUUACCUGGGUAGGAGACAGGCUUUCAAACGUAAGU